CGCCGCCGCCGCCGCCGCCGCCGCCGUGCAGCCUCCCGGAGGCCUGCAUGGCCGGGCAUGGGCAGCGCCGCGCCCUCCCGCCCCGCGGCCGGGCCUGACCCCCGCUGCUCCUCCGCCUCCGCCUCCGCCUCCGCCUCCGCCUCCGCCUCCGUCUUCAUCGUCCUCCUCCGCCUCCUCCUCCUCCUCCUCCUGGGCCUCGCCCUGCAGCUGCCGCCCCCAGGCGCCUGCCAACAGCCGGCCCAGUGCCGCAUCCAGCGCUGCACCACGGACUUCGUUACCCUGACCUCCCACCUCAACCCCGCCGCCGAUGGCUUCGACUCGGAGUUCUGCAAGGCCCUGCGGGCCUACGCGGGCUGCACGCAGCGGACCUCCAAAGCCUGCCGGGGGAACCUGGUCUACCACUCGGCCGUGCUGGGCAUCAGCGACCUCAUGAGCCAGCGCAACUGCUCCAAGGACGGGCCCACGUCCUCCACCCACCCCGACCUCCCCAACGAGCCCUGCAGCUACCCCGGGGACUCAGAGCCGGGGCCCCCGGCUCACCUCUUCUGCGGCCUGUUCGGGGAUCCUCACCUCAGGACUUUCAAGGACCACUUCCAGACCUGCAAGGUGGAGGGGGCCUGGCCCCUGAUCGAUAACAACUACCUGUCGGUCCAGGUGACCAACGUGCCAGUGGUGCCCGGCUCGAGCGCCACCGCCACCAAUAAGAUCACCAUCAUCUUCAAGGCGUACCCCGGCUGCACGGAGCAGAAAGUGUACCAGGCGGUGACGGACGACCUGCCGGCGGCCUUCGUGGACGGCACGACCAGCGGCGGGCCGGGCGAGCGCCAGAGCCUGCUGGUGGCCGAGCGGGAGAGCGGGCGGCUGGUCGAGCUGCGGGCCCGCCACCUGGGCACCACGCUCUUCGUGCGCCAGCAGGGCCGCUACCUGACUCUGGCCCUGCGCAUGCCCCGCGCCCUGGCCCUGGCCUACGAGGAGAGCCAGGAUCUGCAGCUGUGCGUCAACGGCUGCCCGCUGAGCGAGCGCAUCCCGGACGGGCAGGGGCGGGCGCCCGCCGCCCCGGCCCUCCCCGCGCCCCUCCCGGCCCCGGCCCGGGCCCGGCCGGGCUCCACGCUGGCCGGGGCCGCCGCCCGCUGCCGCGAGAAGCUGCCGCUGGACGACAUCUACUUCCAGUCUUGCGUCUUCGACCUGCUCACCACGGGCGACGCCAACUUCACCGCGGCCGCCCACAGCGCCUUGGAGGACGUCAAGGUGCUGCACCCGCGGCCCGAGCGCUGGCACAUCUUCCCCGGCCCGGCCAGCGGCGGCGGCCCCGCGGGCCCCCGCGCCGGCCCCCUCCGCCUGGGACUCCUCUGCUGCGUCCUUGUUGCGUUUUUGUAGGGUUUUUUGGUCUAACAGAAGUUUUAAA